AUGACACAGUCAGGCCCUCAGCGUCCUCCCUCGCCUGGCGAUAAGCGCAAGCGCGACGAAGUUCAGGACAUAGAUAAUGCUUCGCAUACCGAAGGCGAGCCUCAAUCAAAUGGCAAGAGUGAACGUAGCAAAAGGCAAAAGGUCAUUGGGCCAACAUUGCCCCCCAAUCUCGGAGAAGUUGAGGACAGCGACAGCAGUGAUAGCGAGAGCGAUGACGGUUACGGACCGUCGUUGCCCCCAGGAGAUACAGAUGUGACUGUAAAAGCAGAUAUCGAGGAAAAAGGCCAGAAGGAUUCAGCAGAGGAGAAACCAAAGUCUACUCAAAGAGAUGAUUGGAUGCUUCACCCACCAGAACAUGGAGACUGGUCGUCGCGUGUCGAUCCAACAAAGAUCCGCAAUCGGAAAUUCAAUACGGGCAGGAGUGCGGCACCGAAGACUUCGUCUGGCAUAGGCACUUGGACUGAGACGGCUGAGGACAAGCGAAAACGGUUAGAGGCUGAGGUUAUGGGCAUACAAGCCCCAGCGAAUUCAACAGCCGUGCCGACAGUACCAAGCUCCGAGCAUGACGAUGCGAUGGCAAAACGGGUACGAGAAUACAAUGAGAAGAAGCGGAGUAAGACACUCUACGCGCAACAUCAAGCUCGGCCCUCGAAGGGAGAGGAGGAGGAUGACCCAAGUGCCCGUCCAUUCGAUAAAGAGAAGGAUAUUCGAGGCCCAACAAAGAUCAACCACGCUCAAAGACGAGAGUUGCUCAACCGCUCCUCUGAUUUCAACACCCGAUUUUCUGGUGGGAAAUUUUUGUAG